AUGGACUGCGUACUCUGCAAAGUGUUUGGAAAAUGCAGUGACCCUGCUUGGGGCGCCAUGGCCGGCGGAGAAGAAGGGAAACCCAAGCCGCUCGAGUUGACGCCGACAUGGAUCGUGGCGUCCAUCUGCUCCGCCAUCGUCAUCAUCUCCCUCGUCUUCGAGCGCUUGCUCCACCGCCUAGGCAAGAGGAUGAUGAGGAGCAGUAAGAAGCCGCUGUAUGAGGUCCUCCUCAGGGUGAAGGAGGAGCUCAUGGUGCUGGGAUUCAUAUCGCUGCUGCUCGCCGUGUUCCAGGGGGUCAUGGGGAGGCUGUGCGUGCGACGGAGCGUCAUGGGCCACAUGCUGCCCUGCAAGCCACCUGCGCCGGACGGCGUCGCCGAGACCGCGCACUUCGUUCUGGGCGGGGCCAGGCGGCUUCUGGCCGCUGGAGCCGCCUCCGAUGAUCACUGCCUAAAAAAGGGCAAAGUUCCGGUACUCUCUGUUGAAGCUAUUCAUCAGUUGCACAUAUUUAUCUUCAUCUUGGCGGUCACUCAUUUUGUUCUCAGCGCGUCUACCAUUAUUCUAGGAACUGUGCAGACGAGAAAUUGGCAUCACUGGGAGAGCAAGAUUCAUGCAAAUGGUGAUAAUGCUCCUGAAAUGAUCAAGCAUGUUCAAGAGUUCAAGUUUAUUCAAGACCAUUUUAAAGGUCACAAAAAACGGUGGAGGAUAUUUGGUUGGAUGUGUUCAUUCUUCAAACAAUUCUAUGGAUCGGUCACUGAGGAAGACUACACAACAAUGCGACUUGGUUUCGUCAUGAAACAUUGUAACCCAACAUUCAAUUUUUACAAUUACAUGAUCAGAGCGUUGGAGGUUGAUUUCAAGAAGGUUGUUGGUAUUAGUUGGUACCUCUGGGCAUUGCUCAUGGUAUUCUUGUUGUUGAAUGUUCAAGGUUUGUAUGUCUACAUUUGGAUAUCGUUAGUUCCAUUCAUUAUGCUACUUUUGGUUGGAAGCAAGAUGGAGCACAUCAUUACAGAAUUGGCUUACGAGGUUGCACAAAAGCAUACGGCGAUUCAAGGAGAUUUAGUAGUGGCUCCUUCAGAUGAUUUCUUUUGGUUCCAUCGGCCAAAGUUGGUCCUUUUGUUGAUCCACAUUGUCCUAUUCCAAAACGCAUUUGAGAUUGCACUAUUCUUUUGGCUCUUGGUGACAUAUGGAUUUAAAUCAUGCAUCAUGGGAAAUCGAGCAUAUGCUAUAGCUCGAGUUGUCAUAAGUGUCAUUAGCCAACUCGUUUGUUGUUACAUCACCCUACCGCUUUAUGCCAUCGUCUCUCAUAUGGGGAGUUCUUUCAAAAGAGUUAUGUUUGACGAAAACGUGACUGAAGGCCUUGUCAACUGGGCUGAAAAGGCUAGGAGACGCAGAGGAAUCCCAAGUAGAACACCUGCAGACGUAGGCAACUCGCAAGUUGAUGAGGCAAGUGAUGUUGCAGUUCAAAUAACAAAUGCACAUGCAGACUCAUUGGUGAAGUAA